AUGGCGGCCACAGUACGAACACAGACAGAGCUCCAGAUGAAGGCUAAAAAAGCAAUGCUUAAAGUAACAGACCCAGUGGAAAGAUUAAGACUAGCAUGUUUAACAAGAGGAGCAAAUGGAAUCAAAGGAUUAGCAAGGACUUUCAAAAUUAUGGAUGAUGAUGAAAGUAGAACCUUGGAUAAGAAAGAAUUUGCCAAAGGAAUUCACGAUUAUGGACUUGUUGAAUUUGACAAGGCACAGAUUGAUGAGCUGUUCCAAAUAUUUGACAAAGACAACAAUGGACACAUUGAUUUUGAUGAGUUUUUAGUACGAUUACGACCUCCAAUGAAUCAAAAUAGAAAGAAUUUGAUAUACCAAGCUUUCCAUAAACUGGACAAGACCGGAGAUGGGGUCAUCACAAUAGAUGAUUUGAAAGGUGUAUACUGUGCUGACAAACAUCCCAAAUACCUUAGUGGUGAGUGGACAAAGGAUCAGGUGUUUCGACUGUUUCUCGAUUCAUUUGACAGCCAAGAUAAAGAUGGAAAGAUUACCAAGGAGGAGUUUGAGAAUUACUAUGCUGGUGUCAGCGCAUCCAUUGACAACGAUGCCUACUUUGACCUCAUUAUGAGAACUGCAUACAGACUUAACUGA